AUGUGCAAGUCGGCAUGUUUCUUGCAAUGUCUGGAGAUUCCCAGUGAGACUAAUUACUUGCAAUGCAAGCGUCGAGCGGAGUACAAGACGCUACUUGUGCGUGGCUUGAAUGUGAGUUGCUCUUUACACACAGUCAUGGAUUGCUGAGCUGACUUGGCCUUCGAUCAUUGCUCCAACCCGAUCCCCAUAGGACUGCGUUGAUCGUCACCGUCAGAGUGCACAGCAACCAGAGCAGCCUAUUCCUCCCACAGGGCAGAUGCUAAUGUCUCGUUUCCAGGCGCACCCACUGAGCGACGAUUACAUCUCUUGCCCGUCGGAUCAUACAAGUGACGGUGGGAGUAGUGUGUACAGCUUUCAGUCCAACGGAAGUAUCGUCUUUGGCGGUGCGCUCGCCGGUCCGCUGGAAGGCUUGCAGGUCGGGACAUCUUCGCAGUCGGCAAAUGCGAGUCACGAGCACUCGACGAGCCAGUGAGUCUCUUCUCGAAAUGCUGCUUUAGACACUGGUCGAGUUGCGCCACCGCCAGCAGGUCAAGUGGGAGGCCAUUGCAGCGUAUUGACACCACGACACUUGGCUUGGGAUGUCCUAACAGUCACUGAGGGCAUUCAAGCAUGCAGAAGACCCAUCGGUCUUCAUUAUCGUGUUUCAGCUGCUCUCGCACCGGACAAGAGCAUGGUAUGUCGGAGUCUGCUGCACAAGGGAGCAUGAGCCUCCUGAGAAUUACCAUUAUUCGAGCUCAUGCUGUUUCUCUGCAUUCGCCCUCACUUCUCUACAGCUUCUCCGCAACAACGUAG